UGAAAGGCAAUUAAUUCCAGAAGCAACAUUUUUACCUCAAAGUCAAUCUAUAACAGCGUGUAAUAAGAAAGGUAAGAUGAGCAGUUACUCUGACGUGCAUUUUGAUUGAGUGCUUUACGAGGAAUCCGUAAUAUUUUUACCCAAACCUUCGAUAUCGUCUCUGGAGUUUAUAUGAGUUCAUUUCAUGCAUAUGAUCGCUUUCAUAAGCUUUUUUAAACUUUCGUUCUUGGAAUAUGUUGAGUAAAUUACCCAUGCUUUUCGCUACUUGAAGUUUAAGAGUUGCCACAUGAUUUUAUGAUUUACGUGCACCGACAAACACCGUAUAAUUCCGACCAAGGUGUAGUCACUAAAUCUUAAUACCGUACAGUUUCAUUUCCUUCGAAGAAAAGGUCAUCGCUAUCGUUUUUGUCAUUACCCGCAAAAUACUCUAGGGCGUAGCAGCUCCUAUACCAGUUCGCACGUGCGUGCCUGAAAAUACGUUUAAAGAAAAACAAAAACAUAAAACAAGGUAAAUUAAAGGAACAGAAGUUAUAUAAGGGAUAGCUCUUAACAUGGAACACAAAAAGGAUGUGAAAAGAAAUGUUGAUGUUAUUUCAGACAGUGUCUUCCAAUUAUAAUUACCUUGCUCCAGUUUGUUUCAUUAUGUAAAUAGGGGAUCAUAAGUUUAUUAUAAUUAGUCUUUGACAUGUUAUUUCAAUAUCUCAAUAUUAUUCUCUUUUUAUAGUGUAAACAGAGUAGGCUUAUGUCUUGAAGUUCUCAGUGUGGCAAAGGUUGCUUGCUGUUGGCACUGAGCCUUAUCUGCUGAGGUUAAUGUCUUGGUAGAAAGUAUUGUGGCCAGUAGAAAUUGUGAACAUUUGAUCUUGUAAUAAUUCUGAAAAAUUUUUGUCAGUUUAAUUUUCAGACUUAAAAAGCUAUGCGGAGUAGUAUGCCACCACCCCUUAUGUCCCAAAGGACUCUCCCACCAAAUGUAAGAGGACCUCCACCAAGGGGCCCUGGGGGACAAGGACCAAGAGGAUCUCUGUUAGGUCAACCUCCAGGUGCCCCUCCAGGUCAGUUUAUGAGAGGGCCUUUUGAUCCAAGGAGUAUGAUGAACAAUAUGAGACCGCCUUUUGGAGGACCUCCAGGGAAUGCUCCUAUGAUGCCAAAUCUACAGGUAUAACCAGCAAAUUUUGUUCUUCAAGAUAAAAUUGAAGGAUUUUUGGUAGGAAAGGGUGCUUUAAAUGAGACUGGCAAAAAUAUCAUUAUUUUUGUGCUGGUACAGGGUGGGGUUUAUUAUUUUAUUUUAUCAUUUAUUUAUUAAAAAUUACUUAGUGUUUAAGCAACAGGCUAAAUGAAAAACUACUGUUGCAUGCAUAUAUUUGUGUAUGACCCUUUUAACAGUAUGAAAUGUUGAUGCAUUUAAUCGAGUUCCAUGAAUUAGUGUUUUAGCUUGGUAAUGGUAAUUAACUUUAAUAUCCUGUUUUAAAUAUGUUUUAAUAGUCUAGGCCAAUGAUGCCAAAUCAAAUGCCUCUGCAAAUGAUGCCAAACCAGCAAAUACCGCAGAACAUGGCCAUGCCUCAGCAACAACAGAACAAAGAUCCUCCCAUGAUUGACAGCAAUGGAGACAUGUGGCUUGAACACAAGACACCUGAAGGAAAAGUCUAUUAUUACAAUGCACGAACAAGGGAAUCUUCAUGGGAAAAACCAAAGAAUCUCGUCACCCCUCCUUCUCAAGAUCAGCCACAAACCCAGCAAGGACAACAACUUGCUCAACAAACACAGGUAAUAUACUAACUAUACCAUAAUGUACUCUAUUGUAGGGUUAAGGUUCAAAAAAUUCAAUUUUAGUGCAAGUUAAAUGUAAUCUUUUUGUCAUUUGUAGGAUAAUAAUAUUGUUAAUAAUGUAGAAAGGCUCAGAGGUUGAAGUUCAAAUACAUGUAAUACCAUGUGGAUUUUAGUAACUCAUACACCUAUUAACUUGGACUUGAUUUGUUUCUGCAAGCUUUUGUUAUGUUGGGCGGUGUUCUGAAAUAGUCAUUCUCCCCUUGAGUACCAUGCAAACCUGUGUAUAAACAGUGUAGAGAUAGAGGAUAUUACAAGGUCGCCCAGAGAUACGAAAUUUCUCUUGAGUGUUGAAAAAUAUUAUACGAGAAAGUACAGCACACGAGUGAAAUAUUUUCAACACAAGAAGAGAAAUUUCUUAUCUCCAAGCGACCAUGUAAUUUUCUUUUCCUUGUAUAAAUCCUCCCAAUAUGUCCAACAAAAUAAUACUCUUUUUCGUCGGGCGUUUGCUUGGGUGUGAUAUCUCUCUGUCAGUUUUCUGCCCCAAAGGCAGAAGUGUAAGGUUGAAUUUAGCUACAAAGUGUUAUAAUGCCUUGAGCGCUUUCAAACCCUUGGCAUUUGGAAGCAUACAGUCUUUCAGUUUCCUUGUCUAUUAUGCUAUCUGAUGUCCUAGGCUUGUUUCCCAAUCCCUUGGCCUUUGGUUCUUUUUGUUUUGCUUUUUGAGAGUAGCCAUUGUAGUUUUAAACACACAACUUCAGUACAAAAUGUGAAACCAAAGUUCUGUUUGUUCAGAUGUCUCUGGAUGCUUGAAAGUAAUCCUCUCAAACUUGUGGGUUCUUAGUCAGAGCCAUCUUUUUUUCUAAUGCCAAUUGAAGAUGAAUUUCAAAAGGUGGUGGUUCAGAACUUGUAGUGAAAGCUCAUGAAGAGAUUUUGAACCAACCUAACUCAGAGUUUGAUUGUCUGAAUGAAGUUUUUCUGAAUAACUCGCCUUCGUACACAGUCUUCCUCUUUGUAUUCAGAUUUUCCUUUUUUUUCCUAUGAAUUUGAUAAGGUCCUUACCUGUGAUCUUGACAAACCUGCUUGUCUCCACUUUAUAAUAAACUUAAAACUUAACUUCAUUUACUAGCCCAGACGUCAUUUCAACUAGCCUCAAAACCUUUUUGACUAGCAGAAUUGUUUUCACAGUUUUUCUGUUAUUCGAAUUCCUCAAAAAACAUCACUUGCCCAUCGGGUAAGUUAAAAACAGAAUUCACUAGCCGGAUAGCAGAAUCCACUAGCCCCGGGCUAUCGGACACUACUUUCUUUGCACGCUGCUUCAGUAGGCGAAAUGACCAACGCAAAAACUCUGAAAACACCAAAUUAAGGAAAACCACAAGUGCUUGACAGCAUACGAAAAUACUGUGAGGUGAUUGGUCAAAAGUGAUAUCACACAUGUGUUGAUACAAAAUGAUAUUGAUUUGCUACCACACAGUAUACCACUGACAUAUAUAUAAUGAAAUCAAUUAUGUGUUGUACAACUACUGUUACAGUUUUCUGAAUAUGUAAUACUUUUGCUACACAGUUGUAAGUUUUGGGUUUUAAAAUAAGCACAGAUUGUGUUGCUGUCUAAAAAAGCUUGAUUUGAAAUAAAAUAUUUUGAAUUAGCAGAGACAAAGUAUCCCUACUGAAGGACAACAACAGCAACAAACAUCUGCAGAGCAAGAUAAAACACAAGGAACCAGUCAACAACAGAGUCAGCAGCAAACUGGAGCAAAUAGCAAGCCUCCACAACAAAGGUACACACAGUUUGUUUUUGAGGGUGUACAGAGUUGAGUAUAUGUGCAUGAUUUAGAAGCUUCUUGUAAUCCCCUUUUUCAUCGUGUAUUUUCUUUUGUGCCUGUGCAAUAAUUGCAAGAAACUCUGUGUUACUUUUCAUCUUCUCCAAAAACCCAUUUACAUUUUAUUUUGGGGGAGCAAUGGUGGUGCAGUGGUGAGAGCACUUUUCUCUCCUCAAGAACCAACAUUUCUGAAUUCCAGUUCAACCAGCAAUCAAGUAGCUGAAGAACCACUUAGUAGAUGUGCUGCCUCUGAGUUGUUAUUUAUUUAUUUAAAAAUGAAAGACCACCACUUUACAUUUUUAAGUUCUCUGAGAUCUACUUGUUGUUCAUGUGAAUAUGUGGGGUUUUUUAUGACCCAAUUUCCUGCCCCCUGAAAUACACGUCUUCCUUGCUCCUGUACUGUACAAAAUUUGCUUCUUAUCUCAUCUAAAAGCAUAAAAUAACAUUACGUUAGCACUGACUCUGUCUUAACUUAUUAUUAUUCUUUGAAGCAAUAUUGGCAUGCCUCCACCUGGUGGAUUUAUUGCUGGCAUGCCCCCUCCACGGCUUCCACUGCCUGGGAUGAUACCUGGUAUGAUGCCUCCACAUAUCCCCCCACCUGGUAUGCCACCCCCUGGUCUUGGGAUGCCUCCAAUGGGUAUGCCCCCUCCUGUUCCCAAAAGUGAGUGGUCUGAGCACCGUACAACAGAUGGUCGAGUUUACUAUUACAACUCAAGAACCUUGCAGUCGACCUGGGAGCGUCCAAAGGAGAUGGAUCAAGUUCCAAUGCCAAUGCAAGGCAUGCCACCACCAGGUUGGUUGAGUUUGCAUGUAUAUGUUACAAGGCCAUGGAUCAUGUAUCACCCAUAUGCAAAUAUUUAACAUUGUUCAUCAUUGAGAAAGGAGAGAAGAAGCAUGUACACUCGGGAAAAGUUAAAAUAAUAGGCUGGUUGAGAAGAACGACAUGAAAAAUCCUCAGUUUCUGUCGGGUGUUUCUAUGAAAUUUAAUGAGUAUUGUAGUUAUUGUAAUAAAAGAUCAAUAAAAAAAGUCUCUGAUGUUGUGUUCUUGUUGAUGUCAUUCAGGGAUGCUGCCUCCUGGAAUGAUACCCCCUGGUCUCUUACCUGGAAUGGUUCGACCAGGAAUACAACAACAACCACCGCCAGUCAACAAUCCUGGAGUGGUGCAAAAUCCAUCCUCUCAGGCUGAUGCUGGAGAUAAAGACAAAGAAAAUAAUAAAAGUGAGAAGAAAGAAGAAUCAAGUACUGAUGACAACACUGCAGAAAAGGGUAUGUUCAGACCAGUGCAGUCCAAAAUAUCUGUUUGCUAUAAAUUAAUUUUGUGUAGUUUGUGGUAAUGUCUGUGUGCGUUUUUGUCAAUCAGGUUAAUUUGAUUUUGACUUUAGUUGAUAAAAUCUUUUUAACAAGGUAACAUGGGAAAGUGAAGUUAAAAUUAGUGUAGGCAUCAGGGCCAGGGUAACUAUGGCAAGGAUGAGACUCAAAGGCUGGUGUGAGUAAAAGAAAAAUCAUAAAGUGUGAAACUUGUCUUUUCUGGUCUUGUGGACACCAAGACUAGGAAUCAGUUGGUUGUGAAGUCAGUCCACAGUAGUGGCAGUCUGAAUUCUUUUUUCUCUGUGUUUGUAAUAUUGAUGUGGAUCAAAGAGGGGGCACUGAAGAAUGUGUAACAGAGAGGGGAAUUAUCGACAAUAAAUAUAACAAACAACAACAACAAACAUCUUUUUGAUAGAUGUAGCGUUGAAAAACAACAGCAACAGCAGCAAUGGCUCAUGAAAAAAUUCUCUACACGACCUGAAUAAAGAUAAAAAUGAUGUGACAGAGAAUCGAUCACUAGAGUGAUUCUAAAUCCAUGUUACAGAGUUCAACCAAAAUGUUUUAACCAAAUUUUAUACUUUUGUUGUUGAUCAUUUCAAACAGAGGAUGAGACGGAAAAAAUGGAAGAAAUUAAAGAUGAGAUACAUGCUGAAGAUGAGGACAAGAGUAAACCUGUUGCUAGUCAACUUAUCCCAGGAACAAGCUGGUGUGUUGUUUGGACUGGAGAUGAAAAGAUGUUUUUCUUUAAUCCUACCUCAAGGCUCUCAAUAUGGGAACGGCCUGAUGAACUUGAAGAUAAUGAGAAAGUUGAUGAGAUCAUUAGCAAGGGCCCACCUAAAAAGCAGCCUGAUGAAGUAAAAAGUAUGUACAUGUACUAGUUUGGAUUAAAAUAAAUUUUUAAGGUGCUGGACUUUAAAAGCAGGUUUCUGUCACAUACAAUGUAACUCAUUUCAAUGAAGUACAGCUCUUUGGUCAUUGUGUGAUUAAUGUUAAGAUAAUAACCUCCCCUUCUGAAAUGGAAUGGAUAACAUAUUUCUUACCAUGGUUUAUAAUUCUUUUUAUUUCAUCUUCAUAAAAUUGAUGCAUUUUCAGUACAGGGUACACUGUAGUACAAACAGAUUGACUGUAGAAACAGCCAAGUUCAGUUAUUUCUAUUUUUACACAAUAUUUGUAGCUGAGUAAUCCAAACUCCAAUAUGUAAUAAUAAUUAAAUUACAUAUUGGGGUUUGGAUCUAACUUUUCCAAUCAGCUUCUUAAAUUCCCCAGGGCACCCUCUUUCCCUCUUUGUUCAUAUUCUUGACAAUUGAUGUCAAAUGCUCACUCUUCUCCAAGAACAAAGUCAAUAUAUUUCCCCUUAAUUAAAUACAUGUAUUGGUAUUACUCAGUCCUUUAGUGUUAUUAUCUUUUUCAUACUGCAGAAAAAGAACACAGGCCUUCUGUGUCAGAUGACACUAUUGAUGAUGCUCCUCCUGCAAAGAAACAGAGGUAUGUGAGACUAAAUCUUUCUCAAUCCAAUAUUAACAGGAGAGCAAAAAAUUUCAAACAAAUCAAGGGUAUUCAGAGGACACCUUCUGUCCCUUUUUGUAAGCCUUCAAGGCAACAAUGAGAAAUAACGAUUUUCUUGGGUGUUUAUGAUGCAAAUUCAACAAUCUCCUUUAAUGAUAUUAUGCAAUAAUGAGCUAGAAACAAAUGAAGUAAAAAUUGGACCAAGGAUAAUAUUUUAUUAAUUACAAUAACAACUGAAAAAAGGAAUUGUUUUUGUUGCUGGAUUCAAUAUUGCAGUGUCGUCAAUGAGCUCUAUGCUCUUAGAUGAAGUGGGCAAAAAAACAGUGUACAUAAACCCUGACAAUUUCAUUUAAUUAUUCAUUCAUUAUGAUUCUUUGGUACAGGACUGAAAGUCAAGGUGAGAAAUUAGAAGAUGUUGAGAUGAAGACUGUAGAAGUUGUGGAAGCUUCUCCUGUUCAGCCUGAAAUUGUUGAGCCACAGAAACCAGUGGAACAGCCUGCUCCUGUAUCCCAAGUAACAAGAGCUACUACUCCAAAAGAUAAAAAGAUGAUGUCACUGGAGGAGAGAAUGAAAGAGUUCAGAGAUAUGCUGCUUGAAAGAUCAGUAAGUGCACGAGUUGUGGAUCAGAAAGAUGUAAUGUUGCUAGACUUUACUUGACUGUUCUGGAGAUCUAACAAAGCAUCAGUUUAACACCUGUGGGGUUGGGCAUUGUCGUCAACAACACACCCCACCUACAGUUUAGUUAGUGAAGGCUCUUUAUGCAUAAAGCUGUCCUCUUAAAGAAAAAAGUGAGUGAGUUAACAAGUCACCAAAAAUAAGUUGUGGGAACUUUAAGAAAAAUAUUGAUGUGACCCCAUCUUCUAAUGGCACAAUUAACAAAGUUCAUCGCCCUGAAAAGAAAAAGUUCCAUUGGCUAGUCACACACUUCCACCUUAAAUUGUAGGAGGUCCUAAUGAUUCAAGAGCAUGUUUUUUUAAUGAAGGAUGAUUUUCAUAUAUUCAAAACUUCGGCAUGUUUUUAAUUAGAAAGUAACGAAAUCCUCACUUGAAUGAUAACAAAAAAACUUCCUUUUUCCUUGUUAAUGUUUUUAAUUUGGCUUAUUUUUCAGGUGUCGGCAUUUUCAACUUGGGAGAAAGAGCUACCAAAAAUAGUGUUUGACCCACGAUUUUUACUGCUGACCCAAAAAGAGCGAAAGCAGUGCUUUGAAAAGUUUGUGCGCACUCGGGCUGACGAGGAGAGGCAGGAGAGAAAGAACAAACUGAAAGCAAAGAAAGAUGAAUUUAAAGCACUGGUGGAAGAAGCGCGAACUGCUGGAAAGUAAGUUUGUUGAUUUCUGCCAAAUCUAUCAACAACAACAACAACAACCUGUGCAUGUAUUUAAACAUGGUUAAAAUUGAAGCCAAUACAGCUUAUGGGGUGGUGCUACAUUAAUUAAAAACAUACUAAUUAAAGUAACUAACCUAUAACGUAAAAGUAAAAAGUACUAAAAAAAAUACUUUUGCUAUCAAGAAAAAAUUUAAAAUAUAAAAUAUACCAAUAAAGAGCUUUGAAUGUAUUUAAAUUGAUGAUGAAUUACUAUUUAAACUACUUACUGUGAAUUACUUACUACAUUACUGUUCAGUACCAUACAAUAAGAAGAAUGCUGGAGAUUGUUGAAUGAAUACUUACAUGUGGACUGUAUAAUGAAAUACCUUUGAAAACAUUCAACUUUUCUCUUACAGAACAACUUUCAGUGAGUUUGCCAUGAAGUACGGGAAGGAUGAUCGAUUCAAAGGGAUUGAGAAAAUGAAGGACAGGGAGAAUUUGUUUGUGGAAUUUAUGGCAGAGCUAAAAAAGAAAGAGAAAGAAAACUCCAAAAUGAAGCAGGAUAAGGUUAGUUUUUUGUUUCCUUGGGGAAUCAGGAUGGAUAGCAGAGGGAACACCUCAUUAAUGAAGUUCCCACUGUCUGUCAUAAAUUAUACCUAGACUUGGAUGGUGUUUCUGACUGUUUCACAGUUAAUGUACAUCCUUUAAUAAUGGCAGUUCAUUGCCUACAAAACAUCAAUACAAAAGAAUAAAAUAUUUUAGUCAAAAGAAAUCCCUUCUAUAUUAUGAUCACUCUGUCACACUAUUAUCCCAAGAAUACAAGUCCUCCCAUGAUUAAACCGACUCAAACUCCUUACUGUUACAAUAACAUGUGAACCCAGGUUUGUAAUCAGAAUUGGUCAGAAAUGCCAUCUAAAAUAGGUGUGGCCACAUAACUGUGUGCUGUGAAGGAAGUCAAGCAAGAUUUUUUUCUUACCAGGAAAGGAGUCUGACCUGAAAACAAAAUUAGAAACAAAAUAAAAUAACAUGCAAUUUUAUUUUGUUUAUUGUGAAUCGUUGUUACUAUCUUACACAUGACAUUGUUAAAUUCCCAUUUGUUUUUGUUUUAAAUGUGUGCACUAUUUUGUGCAAUGUGCUUGUAUGUUAUUACCCAUGUCUGUAUGUUACAAUUGAAACAGUAUCCUCUUAUUCUGUUACUUGACUAAAGCUAAGUUACUGGUACUAUUAUCCAGCUUCUUGACAAUUCUUUCACCUGCUCUAUCAUAGGCUAUCCCCUAAUAAUAGUUUAUCUUUUUAAUUCUGAAUGCUAGAACAUUAUGGCCUAGGUUGCAUUCCUAUCCACCCCUUUUCAUUAUAAAAUUCAAUAUUGUGCUUAUCAGUGUUUAACCUUUUGUCGUCCGUCCAAUACAACACAGCAUACAGUUGACAAGCUAGCCUUGGCCUGUGAAUUAUGUUCUCGCUUUUUUCAGUGUUUUGCCUGCCCUACAAGGUAACUGAGUUUUUCUUAGCAUUUAGUCAGUGGUUUAGAGAUGGGCACAUGUACCUUAGUGAUCACUGCUCAAGUUUGUUGUGAUUGCUGAUGGUAGAUGGGCACUGAAGGCUUAUUCAUGAUUUCCAUCAAGUUAUGGUCCGUUUUUAACAAGAUACCAUUCCAGAGGCGAAGAGUUCUUUCAUUCAGACAAGUUAAUUUUAUUAGCCAGGGUGAUAGAACAGUGAUUCAUUUAAUUUAGGUCUUUUUGUGUCCCCUGGUUUGCUUGAGACUAGAGUAAUCUUGGUUCCAUUACUGGUGGCAGGCUUCUUUUUGGGUUAUAAACUGUGCUUCAAAAUACACCAUUGUCUCUUUUAGCCAAUUAACAUUCUUGUUAUUUGUUAGGGAAAAUGGUUUGAUUGUUGUUUUACACAAGAGUUUCAAAACCCAGAAGCACUAGAAAUCAUACCCUGUCGUGUAUACCUAAGUGAAAGUACCAAAAUAGAAAAAAUUAGCAGGGCUCUUAUACUGACAAUCAUUUUGCUGAUGUAUAGUCCAUGUUACAAGUACUUUUUCGAAGUAUGGCCAGCAGCUACAGUGAUUGACUACUUUGUGUUUACUUUCAAUGAUAAUAUUGUUAUCUUGCAAAAUGAUAAGCCGGUAGGGGAAACUAUCUGACAGUAAAAACAAUGGCAAAAAAUAUUAAAAUUAACAAAAAGUUGUUCCAGAUUUGCAACUGCAGUGCUUGACUGCCUGUUCAACUGUAAUGAACAGCCAAUCCAUGCUUAAUGUUCUGCACUUUUCCUCAAACUUGUUGUUCAGAACUGCUCUGAGUGAGUCUUGAUGUAUAUUAUACCGUUUAGACAAACAACCCAGUAAUUUUAAAGAAAACUUUUACAGUGUUGCUGUUUGCAACAGAAGAGGAUUAUUGUGUGUGGAGUGCAUGCUCAGUAAUUAAUAAUUAUUGAUUCAAUGUACGUCACUGCUUAUGAUAAAGGAAAGAAUGCCUUUUCAGUGUUGUCAUGUCUAUCAAUUAUGUGGCUUAGCCGGUAGAUAUAAUAAAUUAAUUUAUUAAAGAAGAAUGCUGAUGAGAAAACAUACAUAUACAAUAUUUUUAUUAGCUAUGUUGUUUGAAAAAAAGUUAAAAGUGUAUUAUAAUGGUCAAUUAUCGUUGUCUCAUUUGCAAAAGGCGUUAUUCCACCUGACUAGUUGAGAUAAAUCAUAAAUUUUCUGAUGAUAAAAUUUUGCUGCAAUGAUUAUGUAAGGCAUGCAGCAAAUUUCCAUACAGUAAUUAAUAAUUUGCUUAUAAGCUGUAAGUAUGUGACAGUCAUGGACAUCUCCAGAAAUUAAUCCUUAUUUUUCUUGGUUAUUUGUAAUGGUGCAGGUUAAAAAUGAUUUUGCUGCAUUGUUGGCUGAACAAAAGCUUGACAGCAAGGCACAGUGGCGAAAGGUUCGUAGUAAGAUUGAGAAGGACCUCCGUUACAAAGCUGUGGAGAAUACAAUGCAGAGAGAAGAAUGGUUCAAAGAACACAUUGAGCAACUUUAUAAGGUAACUUAAUUGUUGGGCACAGGGUGCAAAGAAAAUCAUUUUUACAGCUUGCCAUUUGGGCAAGCUGAAGCCAACAUUUACUAGCCCAGGCAUUAUUUCAACUAGCCCCAAAAGCUUUUUGAAGAGCAGAAUUGAUCUCACAGUUCUUCUGUUAUUCAAAUUCCUCAGAAAAGAUCACUUGCCCAUCGGGCAAGUUAAAAGCAGAAUUCAAUAACAUAACACCAAAAUCCACUGGCCCCGGGCUAUCGGACACCUCUUUCUUUGCAUCCUGUGGGCAUCUAGUAGCCUGCAUAGCAAGGGAUUUUGUUGGUGAGUAUGAAUGCGAUUGAGCAGACAAUUGUCUCUUUCCCAUUCCCUUUGCUGCUCAGCUGCUUUUUUUGCACACAUGCUUGCUAUGAUGUCAAAACUGCCAGCUAUGCAGGCAGUGCAUCUAGAAGUAAAAAAACGUAAUGUAUUGAUGAUCAUUAUUAUUUUUUGCAUCAUUGUAGUUCUAACUAUUACCAUUCAUUUGCAAACCAUACUUACCCUUUUCAAGUUUUUUAAUAGUGAUUGUGAUUAAAUCUCUUUAUAAAUAAUUAUGGAUAUUGGUAAGGUGAAGAAAUGUUUGUGGAGUUUAGUUGGUAAUAAUAAUAAUUCCUUCGUUGUCUUUGUUUUAAUGUUCUCCAGCCAAGGAAAAGGAAAAAUAAUAUUGAACACAACUGAUCUCCAUUGUGUUUUUAUUGUUGUUGUUGUUUUUUUUCUAGAAAGAGAAUGCUGAUAAAGAGAAAGAAAAAGAAAAACAAGAACGAAUAGAAGCCAGUCUCCGUGAACGAGAACGUGAAGUUCGUGCAAGCCAAGCUGAACUUGCUAAAGCCAGAGAAAAAGAGAAGGAGCAACAUCUAAGAGACAAAGCGGAACAGCAUUUUCAUGCCUUACUUGCAGAUAUGGUGGGCAAGAGAUCUAAAAAAUAACACACUGUAAUAGAGAUAAUAAUUUGUAAUGUAUGGUUGUUUGUAAGCUUCAUAGCUAGUUUUCUACAAGUCAGUAGAACUAUUUCUACAGGGACCCUACCCUCGGGCCCCUCUAGAUAUACUCACGCCUUUGGUGCUCAUUCAACCCCACCAAUCCAAAAUAUGCUCCCUGUCUAGUUUUUUAGCCUAUCACCUGCGUAACAAUGCCUAUAAUCACUUACACUUAUGUCCACAAAAUGUUUUAUGAAGGCAUUCACUGAUUUGGCAACAUUUCACCCAAUCCAGUAGACCCUUUAAUUAAAGCCAGCUUUAUGCUUUCCUAAUGAAAAAUGUUGAUUAUGGCAAAUGCAAAUUAUAUUCAAUUAUUAAUUUUAGUUGAUCAGCGUUAUGACUUGAUGUGCAUACAAGUAUCGUAUUAUUCUUGUAAUAUCAGUAAUCAAUAGUGACCAGAUUUAUUUCAUCUCUUUUUGGUGAAGACACAUAGUCUGUGCUUUAUGCCAUAGAUGCUACAGUAUACACCAUUAACUGUAUUGUGCUUCAUCACAUUUACAUUGUAUGUAAUAACACUUCUCAGGUUCGCAAUGCAGACGUUGGUUGGAAGGAAACCAAAAAGAGUUUGCGUAAAGAUCAUCGCUGGGGAAUGGCAGAUGCUCUGAGUAAAAGUGACAAAGAAACGUUAUUUAAAGAACACAUAGAAAAUUUAAACAGGAGAAAGAAGGAACAGUUUAGGAAGCUACUGGAUGAGACCCAUGAGGUGUGUACUAUUGAACUAAGGUAUUGGUGAAGAUUCUUUUUUUAUGUGGUUAACUAUUAAACUCUUAACAGUCACCAUUUGCCUGACACACCUGAGGCCAAUGGUGUGCUCAUUUUACCCUUCCCCCACGCCAAUCCAUCAGUGCUCCGUUUCGCAGGUAUAAAUUAAAACUACUUAAAAGUAUUUGGAAAGGAAAGAAGUCAAAACAAAGGUUUGGGGUCACACCUGAGAAUCAAAGUUAACACUUCUUGCACAGAAUCCUUGUCAGUCCUUGUAAUGAAUUAAACCAGCUAAAAACUUUCCUUUAGUGAAUUAGUUUUUGUUUAGUUGACAGUAAAAACAGUACUGUGUCUUUUGGUUUGAGGCAGAUAUCUAGGACAAUGUGGAUCUGAUCUAUUUUACAAGGACUAUCACUUUAACUUAGUCUUUCAAGUGGUUAUUAGAUGUGCUGAGUGAUGUAGCUUCCUGUAUAAUUUAGUUUUACAUGUCACUGGCUUUUAGUAUUGUUUUAAUAACACAGUUGUUUAUGUUUCCAGUUAACCCUUACAUCGUCUUGGAGAAGUAUUCGGAAAAUAAUCAAAGAAGAUCCUAGAUAUUCCAAGUUUUCUAGCCAUGACAGUGUAAGUAAUGUUAUCUAUCAGCUGAAGCCUUUAUCUCUGAGUGCUAGGUUGUUUUUGCUGGUUUUUUUUUUCAUAAAGUACAAAAAUAAGAAGUAAAAAAAUGAAGUGAAAAUGUAUUUUUUAAAGUUAAAAAUGUGUAAGUUAAUUUAUCCAGUAUGAAAAAAAAAAUCUUCAGCGUUUUCUGUGCCUCAUAAUACCGUAAAAUUCCAAAAGUAAACCGCUCCAAAUAUAAGCCCCCCAAACCGGUAAUGCAAAAAACCCUCUGUUAAAUCUCCCCUCCAAAUAUUACCCCCCCGGGGGCUUGUACUUGGAAAAUUGCCCUCAAAUACAAAGUAAAACAAAGCAAAAACAAUAAAUUUACUUUCAACUACAAGGCUAGCCCAAUCGAUUUUGAAAUGCAAAUUUCCCUCUGUAGAUAAGCCCCUCCGAAUGUAAACCCCUCCAAAAAUAAGCCCUGAGGCUUAUUUUCGGGAUUUUACGGUAAUUUAUUAGAACUUACUUUCCCUAGAAACAGUUGUAGCUUUGGCAUGUGGAUUUUGUGCACUGUUACCCAGGGCCAAUUUAAGAAAACUUUCACAAGUGUAAUUCACAAGUGUGCCCAUUGUUUAAGUGCCUAACAACAAUAGCUACAAUUGUAGAUUACACUUGUAAUAGGUUUAUUAAAUUGACCCCUGCAUGGGGUGGCAUUCAUCAUGUUUAAUAUGAUCUGUAUUCAUUGUAUUAAAGGUUUAAUGUUCCUUUAACGUUUUUGUAAUUUGUUGCAGAAACGUGAAGAGGAAUUUAAUCAAUAUCUUCGUGACAAGUUGGCUGAUGCAAAGGGGGACUUCCGGCAGUUACUGAAAGAAACACACUCAAUUACUUACAAGUAAGCAACAUUUGGACCAGUAGAAAGAGUAGAUCUAUGAUACCCAAGAUGCACAGUUAGAUGAGCCGCACAAUUGAGAGACUUAACUGUGAUUUUGAUCUGGCAAAAAAUGCAUUGCAUUAAUCAUAUAUUUGUGUAUAUCUGUUUGAAAACAAAUCUAGUGGAUGAAUAAAGUGGAUUUCAUGAUAAUUAUAGUGGAGAAACUUAUUAAAAAUUUUUAUAUAAUUAUUUUAAAAAAGGGUUGGGUUAUUAUAGAUAGGGGAGAGGUUAUUAUAAAAAUUAACUCCCAGGUGUGGGGUUUGUUAGAGACUGAUGAGGCGACCCAAGGGAGCUUUUAAUGGAUUUGGUAUAAAUUAUGGAGCUUUUAUGGAAUUGCAUCUGCAAUUAUUGUAAGAAAUUUUAAAAAGGGUGGGGAAUUAUUAGAUAGGGGAGAGCUUAUUACAAAAUUAACUCCUAGGUGAGGGGUUUAUUAGAGACAGGGGGUGACCCAAUGGAGCUUUUUGUGGAUUUGGUAUAAAUAAAAAUUAUGGAGCUUUUAUGGAAUUGCAUCUUGUGUAAUUAUUGUAAGAAAUUUUAUUUUAUUAAGAACAAUAUUCAUUCAUAUUGAAUCAUUCAUAUAAUUAGCGUGCCAUCAACUGCAUCCAACGUUGUUAUUUUCCUGACUUAUUUGUCUAUUUAUUUCAGUCUAAUGUAUGUAAAAAAAGAUUUAUUAAAAUAUUAUACUAAUUGGCUGUUUUCUUUUCUGUCCUUUAAUGCAUCACAUAAGAUCAAAGAAACUUAUAGAAGACUCUACUAAACAUCUUAAGGAUAUUGAAGAUACAUUAAAGGUAAGCCUUAGGAAAUAAUUGCAGUACAUUGUACAAUGUAAUAAUGAUGUUGACAACAAAAAUUUUCUUUGCCCAACUAUGAACACUGUGAACACCUAACUGAAACAAAACAUCUAUUUCAGGAAUGUUAAUGUGUUAUUACCAGUCACAGAAAAAAUCAAGACACAUGAGCAAGCCACAAAACCGCAAAACUAAUAAAUUAUUAACCUUGUUGCUGGUGGUUUAGUCUAUAUGCAUGAUUGGCUUUCUCCUUGCAACGGAACAACGUUUCAGAAUUAUUUCUGCCAAGUGGAGUUCACUGUUUUCAGAGUGUCACAGUAAUAUUUCUGAAUUUUAUGAACAAUUUGUUGCAAAGAUGAGGUAACAAGAUAAUUUAAUUUGUUCAGUUAAACUAAGUAACAACUCAUACCCCCUCUCAUUGUUGAUUUUGUGUUUUAAUGCAUGAACAUUUGAACUUUCAUCCCUACUAUGCAUGGGAUAUAAUACUGUAACAGUAAUUAUAUUAUUUUGUAGUAAUUAUUUUGAUGUCAUCCAUCAGCGGCAAAUAAAAUUAAUGAGAAGACAACUUAAUUUGUUUACCUUACAGAAAGACAAGAGGUAUUUGAUACUGGAAUGUGUUCCAGAGGAGCGAAAUAGAUUGCUUGAUAAUUACAUUGAGGAACUGUUCAGAAGUGGACCACCUCCUCCGCCCACAGCCUCAGCUCCUUCCAACAGAUCCAAGAUGCACUGAUCAACUGAAUCUUACUUCGCGUCUGUUUACUUUCAAACCUACAUCCAAACCCAGUCACACUGUUUUGCACAUUGUAUUGUUCAGAGAAAUAGAAAGUUGCAGUCCAAUAUAUUGAAUAUUGAAGCUUCUUAUCAGACAGACAUAGGGUUAAGCUGCAGCUGUUAUCUGUACUCAGCUAUGAGUGGAACAUUGUGUGCAUUGAUACCCAUUCCAUGUCCAAAAUUAGAUUGCGGAUGAAAUGGCUUACUUUUUAAUAAGUACAUUAUCGCACAUUGUUUUUUGAAGUCACACCUUUUUUCAGUCUUAACAGCAUUAACACCCAGCUUAGGACAUUAUUAGAGAGAUCUAGAAUCAUAAUUUCGAAUUUGUAUAUGACUAGGUUUUCCCUUUAGAUGUCUUUUUUUGUUGACUGUCUACUCCAAAAAAAGUAGUUUGGCUUGAGGUUUAUCAAUAAUAUUUCAUUAGUUUAGACAGUUU